AAAAGUAAAUCGUGAAAAACACGUGCAAGAAAGGCGAUUAUUUAUACAUAGCAAAUUAGCGAAAGCCAUGCUCUAUCUGUUCAUCAACCCUCGGCGCCUGUUUGCGUCAAUUCGAAUUGGCGCUACACUCCCCUUGGAUCAGCUGACGCAUCCACCCACACAUCUACUAAAUCGAGGAUGUCACACAAGUCGGGUCCCUCUCGUCCCAUUUGUCAGGGGAAUAAACUAAUAAAAUAAGUGUACGUGUUCUCCAAGGAAGUCGAUUGCCAUUUACAAUGGCAAAAACAGACGUCACUGAACAAGCAGGAGGAGGAGGAGGAGGAGGACCGUUGCUAGUUAGCUCUAAGCCAAGCAUUUGCGCGACAACUGCCAGCGCGUAAGGACGACGACGGAAAAUAAGCUCUUGCUGAACAUGAGGAGUACUAUUAUUCUGUUCCUGCCGAUUUUUGCGGCCUGUUGUCAGCCUCGUCAACAAACGGGAAGGAUUUCUUUCAAACAGAUUAAGCUUUACCAUGAAGCCCGAAAUUUGAGUUUGCCACAAAUAGAGACCUUGGCUAGCUUGACUGAUAAGAGAAAUAUGAAUGAAAUCUUGGAUAAUAUUUGUAUCCCACGUGUGGUUGGAAGUCCUAAUCAUGAAAAAGUAAAAAAGUACAUUAAAUCUACCAUGAGGAAUCUUGGUUGGGACAUUGAGACUGAUACAUUCGAAGAUUACACACCAGUAUUUGGAAUUCUUAAAUUUGAAAAUAUUAUUGCAAGAUUGAACCCCAAUGCACAUAGAUAUUUAACAUUAGCUUGUCAUUUUGAUUCUAAGUUUGAGAAAGACUAUGAAUUUGUAGGAGCAACUGACAGUGCAGUACCUUGUAUGCAACUUAUUAAUCUAGCUAGGGUGAUGCAAAAGUACCUGAAAUCAAUAAAAAAUAAUAAUGUUAGCUUAAUGCUGCUAUUCUUAGAUGGUGAAGAGGCAUUUCAACGAUGGGGUCCAAAAGAUUCUAUUUAUGGAGCUAGACAUUUAGCUGCUAAGUGGCACAAUAAACGAUACACAUAUGGAACUGAAAGUAAUAUAUCAGACUUAGAUAGAAUUGAUCUAUUUGUUUUAUUGGAUCUUAUUGGAGCACCUAAUCCGAUAUUUUACAAUUAUUUUAAUGAUAGCAUAAAGUGGUAUUCUCUUUUAUCCCAAGCAGAAAAUACAUUAGCUAGUAUGAGAAAAUUUGAAAAUUAUCCAUAUGGAAAUCGUAAGCGCAAAUACUUCCAAGAUGUUACGAUAACAGCCGGUAUUGAAGACGAUCAUCUACCAUUUUUGCGUAAAAAUGUUAAGAUUUUGCACGUGAUACCAUAUCCUUUUCCUGACAUUUGGCAUACAGCUAGAGAUAAUAGAAAUAAUAUAAACAUGUCGACAAUAGAAAACGUAAACAAAAUUCUAAGAGUAUUUGUUGCUUCUUACUUGAACAUGAGAGUUGAAGAAGAAGAAGAUGUGCAAUCACGGAAUACAUCAGAAUUGUGAUGCGUUCGAUAUUAGAAGCUAAAUACAUUUUUUUGUACAUUGCCAAGGAUGAGAUUGUUUUGAUGUCAAUUAAUUGAGAAACUAUGCUAUUUAUAUCAUGAGAAGACUUCUGAGAUUGUUGUAUAUUGCAUUUAAAGUUUUAUAGAUAUCUGACAAUGUAAUAACUAUUUUACUAUCAUUGCGUAUGACGGAUCUGUGAUCUCGUUAUUUUACGCUGUAUGAACGCAAUUCCCUGCCAGAUUAUUAGCUUCACUGAGAAGUUUUGCGAUUCGUAUGUAAUUUGAAGUUAAUUUGUUGUAUAUACGUUGCUUAUA